CAUACGUAAUUUCCAUGUAAUUUUAAAACGAUAUUAAAAUUUAAAUUCACGUGCGCCAAUGUUUAGUGCGCCAUUUAAUGUCGUUCAAAAGAACAUUUUUGUUUUAAAAUUGUACUAUUUAUGAUAUUACUUUUCUUUAUGUUUAUUUUCUUUAACAGUUAAGUUUAGUUUAUUUAGUAUAUUUUGCAAGUAUUAGUAAGGCUGGGUUUAGCUUUAAGAGCUUGUUUGUUUUUGUUAGAAAAUUCGAUAAAAUAGUACUAUCUUACAUAUUACUAAUCAUUAAAAUAUUAAUACUAAAAAAUGAUAUUAUUUAUUAAUAUUAAUAAGCAGUAUUAUUACUUUUAACUCUAGCUGUGAAUCAAUAUGUCAUCAUCUGAAGAAGAACAAACUGGAUCUUGUAGAUCAAGAGCAAAAAAAGAACGGCAUUUAAAGUCAAGUAAAUCAAAAAAAAGUGGAGAAAAAAUGUUGGAAAAAUUAAUUGCACAACAAACAGAGAUAUUGGAACAGCAAAGAGAAAUGUUAAGACGUGUGGCGCAGCUGGAGGAAAAGGCAGCUACAAUCACUAAUGACAGAGUUGAGGCUUCUGCUUCAACAACUGCUGCCUUAACAACAAACGCUUCAACAACUGCUGCCCCAACAACAAGCGCUUCAACAUCUGCUGCCUCAAUAACAAACGAUACCUCCUAUGAAGCGUAUAGAGUUUAUCGAAGACGGCACCGUGGGCCCACUUCCUAUAGCUCAUAUAGGAAGUGGGCAGAUAAUGGAGGAGAGAAUGACGCCUCCUUCAAUUGGAGGGGAAAUCGAUGGGGAAGAGGUAGGGGUGGUUGGGGGGGAAAUAAAAACUUUAAUUUUAUUUAUAAAUAGUUUUCUUUUUGUAACAAAAAAUAUAUAACAUCUUUGA